GCGAGGGAGAAGUUGGUGGUGGAGAAUGUGGAGAGUCGAGCCUUCUUUCUAAACAGUUUAGAAUAAAAUAAAUCAUUCCUCGUUAAAGCAUAUUUUCAUGGACGAAUCUGAUCAGUCCCUUGUAUAUGAAUCUGGAGAGCCCAUGACUGGCAUGCUGAACUCGGACCCUAUUGGGAGCAGCAGCUCUCCUGGCGCUGAAGGUGUGGGGAACGGCUGUCAGCCCUCCCCCCCUGACUUGGCUCAGGAUUUGGCCCCUGUCCAGCACCCUGGCUUGGAAUCUGUUGCAGCUCUGAUGGACGGAGGGCAGGACACGAUGGAGCGAACGGACAAGGACCGGGAAGAGCAGCCAGAGUCCAUGGCCCUGCAUUCGGUGGAGCAGGCCUCAGCCCAGCAGCUGGAGUCCUCCGAAGCGGGCAGCCCCACCAACAUGGAGCUGGAGGACACGUCAAAGGACGACACAGAGGUGGAGACGGAGUCUUCCAGCAUGGAGGUCCCUUUCCCCACUGAAUUCGAGAAGUACUCCAAAGUGGUGGAGGAGAACCCGGAGGACUUCAACGGAUGGACGUACCUGCUGCAGUACGUGGAGCAGGAGAAUCACAUUGGGGCUGCCCGCAUGGCCUUUGAUUCCUUUUUUGCCCGGUAUCCCUACUGCUAUGGUUAUUGGAAGAAGUAUGCAGACAUGGAGAGGAGACUGAGCGACACAAAGGUUGCAGAGGAGGUGUACCGCCGAGGCCUGCAAGCCAUCCCGCUGAGUGUGGACCUGUGGCUGCACUUCAUCACCUUCCUGAGGGAGACUGCUGACCCUAGCAGUCCCGACACGGAGGCCACAAUACGAGCAACGUUUGAGCAUGCAGUGCUGGCGGCAGGCACAGACUUCCGUUCUGACAGACUCUGGGAGGCCUACAUUAACUGGGAGACGGAGCUGGGCAACCUUGCCAACGUCACUGCCAUCUACGACCGUGUUCUUGCCAUCCCCACCCAGCUGUACAGCAGCCACUUCCAGAGGUUCAGAGAGCAUGUGCAGAACAACCUGCCCAAACACUUCCUGUCGCUAGAGGAGUUUGUGCGGCUUAGGAAGGAGCUUGCCGCAGCAAACGGGCACAGCGGUGAGGAAGUGCCUGCGGAUGAUGACGACCUCCCACCUGGCACGGAGGAUUUGGCCGACCCCGCCAAGCUGGUGACUGAGAUCGAGAACAUGCGUCACAGGGUGAUGGAGGCUCGCCAGGAGGUGUUCAGUCACAAUGAGCACGAGGUCAGCAAGCGCUGGACCUUUGAAGAAGGGAUUAAGCGGCCUUACUUCCAUGUCAAAGCACUGGAGAAGGCCCAGCUGAGCAACUGGAAGGAUUACCUGGACUUCGAGAUUGAGAAUGGGACCCUGGAGCGCGUCAUGGUGCUGUUUGAGCGAUGCCUGGUGGCCUGCGCCCUCUACGAGGACCUCUGGAUCAAGUAUGCAAAGUAUAUGGAAAAUCACAGCACUGAAGGUGCGCAGAAUGUGUACAAGAGGGCUUGUGUGACACAUCUUCCCAAGAAACCAACAGUACACCUGCUUUGGGCAGCGUUUGAAGAACAACAAGGUAACGUGGAGGAGGCCCGCAGGAUCCUGAAGAGCCUGGAGGAGGUGGUGCCGGGCCUCGCCAUGGUGCGGCUGCGCCGGGUCAGCCUGGAGCGGCGCCACGGCAACCUGGAGGAGGCAGCGUCCCUGCUACAGGAUGCUGUCACGAACGGGAGGAACGUCAGCGAGUCGUCGUUCUACUCCAUCAAGCUCGCCAGGCACCUCUUCAAGGUGCAGAAGAGCCUGCAGAAGGCCAGGAAGGUGCUGCUGGAGGCCAUUGAGAAGGAUAAGAUGAGCCCUAAGCUGUACCUGAACCUGCUGGAGUUGGAGUACAGUGGUGACCUGAGGCAGAAUGAGGAGCAGAUCCUCUCCUGCUUUGACAAGGCUCUGAGCAGCCCUCUGCCCCUGGAGUCGCGCCUCACUUUCUCUCAGCGCAAGGUGGAGUUCCUGGAGGACUUCGGCAGCGACAUCAACACGCUUGUAGCUUCGUACGAGGAGCACCAGAAUCUCCUGAAAGAGCACGAAUCCACCAAAAGAAAAGCUGAAAACGGCUCUCAGGAACCUGAACAGAAGAGGCAGCGCAUGGAAGACCACACGAUGGCCACAGGACCCAUGAUGCCUGACAUGCAGGCCAAUCACUCUGCCUACAACUACAACUGGUACCAGCAUUACAACUACCAGAACCCAUGGGGGUAUGGACAGUACUACCCACCACCCCCAACAUGAUGGAAGCCUCUGCAAAAUGGGUGUUUAAGUACAUGUCUUUCUACUCUGUCCAUCAACCAGCACCCUCUUCUCCUUCUGGUUGACCCCCCCUCCCCUUUUUUAUACAGGGCUUCAAAGAUAAAGAAGCAGUCUGAUAUUGUCUCAUGGGCAAAUUAAGUGGGUGUUUUUCCUCUCCAGAAAGUUUUUGAUUUAAAUUUGGGUCACUUAGUUUCUUGUUGGGAACUAACAACAUUUAGCAGAUGUUUAUGGUUUGGAAAUAAUUCUUACAUCCCUUCUAUUUUGUUUGAUGUGAACCUCUUAAGAUAAUUUUCAAGUGAGGUUUGUUUUCUAA